GCAUGUGUAUUACGGUUGUUACCACGCUUCUGUCACCUCAGUUGAAGACUUAUGAAUGGAAUACCACUUGUGUAUCGUAAACGGAAUCGGUAGCAGAUCUAUCAAGAUUGUCCGGUCGCUUUUGACAAAUGCCUUUUGAAUACGAACCCCUGGAUAGUGCAUAUAAACUGUAGAUAGAACUUUAUGAGGAGAGUCCCUUGAAGUUGAGGUUGCAGACCUGUGUACGUAUGGCCUGGAAAUAAAUUUGAGAUCACCUGUGUAACAGUAUCACAAGACUAUUACACAAACCACCCAUGGUUUACGAGCUCUUCAGUGCUGGAGGUAGACAUAUCAUAAAAGAUGCAGGGGAUUGGUGCUUUCUACAUCCAAUACCGUACAUGAAGUUUGCGAAAUAAAGCAAGAUGAUCACACAUAUUCCAGCACACCCACUUAACAAAGAAUCUCUCUGGUUACUUCUGUUCUUACAGGGAAGCAGCUAAGAAUGAAAUCAGAGGUUAUAUUGAACACUUGUGCUCGCCGCCUCCACAAACAACCUAGCAGUAAGGACACAAGCUGUAGCAAUGGGAAAGGAUCAGCCUGUCUCUCCGACAACAACGAUCACCUACUCAACAUCGAAAACGUACAUGACAGCAAUUUCACUUUAAACGGAAAAGCAUCUAAAAAACAUUAUGUCAAUGGCAAACACAUGAUGAAUGAAGAAGAUGGUGACGGGUUAAUGCUGCCUUCCCCAGAGAGCAGCAGCAGUAAUUUGUUGGAACAGACGGGUAACAUGGACUCCCCAAGUCACUCACCGCCACUUUACUCCAGCAACAGACUUGGUGCUUUUAAUAACAAUGGCAGCUCGGAGAGCCUGUGUUCAUCUAUGCCGCCAUUGUGUUUAUCACAGGCUUUACCGACAAGUCCACAUGGAAUAGACUCUUUGUCAUUUCCAUGUGACAGCAAACAUCCUGGUGCUCUACCCGUAGCUCUUUAUGCAAAUUCAAAUUCAAUUCAACAAGAUGUGCAAGAGUUUAUACGUCCCAGUAUCAUAGCGACGGUCGGAUCUGUUGGCUUGAAUUUGUCAACAUCUAGUCUCAUGGACACAACAGUUGUCUCCCCUGGCCUGGGCUCUCCGCUGUCUCUCGGUCAUCCCAGUCUGGAUCUCCAUGGGGAUGGAGGUGUACAGUCAAGCUCACAAUUAUCCCCAAACUCAGAGUCAUCACAGACAUUUAUCAAAAUAUUUGCUAAUGAAAAAGAGGCUGUGACAGUAGGAAUCGAGUUCUAUGAAUGUCGUUGGGUCAGUUGUGACCGAAAGUUUAUUCUAUUGGAUGAUUUAGUCAAUCAUGUUAAUGACUCGCAUGUCAAGGUGGAGCGUCCCGACAUAGAUUACCAGUGUAAAUGGGAUGGCUGUCCACGAAAAGGCAAAGGGUUUAAUGCCAGGUACAAGAUGCUGAUCCACAUACGAACGCAUACGAACGAAAAACCCCACAAAUGUGGUAUCUGUGGAAAGUGUUUCUCACGACUAGAAAAUCUCAAAAUACACAACAGGUCGCAUACAGGUGAGAAGCCAUACGCAUGUCCGUUUGAGGGAUGUAAUAAAGCAUAUUCAAACUCAAGUGACAGAUUUAAACAUGUGCGAACUCAUCAGGAAGAAAAGCCUUAUAUAUGCAAAAUGCCAGGAUGUAACAAACGCUACACAGACCCAAGUUCUCUUAGAAAGCAUGUACGAACACAUGGUCACUAUUAUCGUGAAAAUGAAAAACAGAUAGCAAAAAAUAACAAAUCGUUGUACUUGUCAAACAUUCCUACUCCAUUGUCUCCGUCUCUGCCAUCUAGCUCCCCCCAUGGAUCGGUACACUCGCCCCCUGUAAAUCGAUUUCUGCCGUUAUCACCGGGCAGUGUCCUUCCUCACUCACCAAUGCCGUCGCAGCUUAUGUCGGUACAUAACAUAAUGCAUGUAUCAUGUUUCACAUCGAAUCCUCUCCUAUCCUCUACCAUGUUAUCUACACCCGUCACAACGACACAAACGACGUCCACUCAGACUGAUCGAAUCCUUAGUUCCCUCUCUCCAACAUCACCCAUCAAGCUUGAUCUAAGCACAGACAAGAGCUCAGAUGACCAAGAUGAGAAGUGUCAGGAUGGUCCUCUGGACCUUACCACCAACACUUCGUCAGAAACAGACACAGACAUUGAAGUAGGGGAUCGAGAGGUCUCAAAUUUUUCUACAAGUAAAUGGGAUUUAAUACAUUCCUGACUGUGUUGUGAUCAAAACUAUUGUUACUGUAUGUGUUACCUUAUGUGUGAUUCUUUUUCUGGUGAAAACAACUUCUUUACAAGGACAAAUCGUAUUUAUAUACUUAUUAAAUGAUCAGAAACAGAUUUUUUAAUAUGGUCAUUUUAUGGUGUAUAUAAAAAAGGUAAAUCCAAACACAAACAGGAUGAGUUGAAUAAGUGAAUAUGUGGAAAAUUGGAGUGUUAUCAUAGUCAUUAGAUAUCUAUAUUUGUUAUUUUUAUUGUGGAAAUUUUGAACUGUUUUCCUUCAUACAUCAGAGAAAGUUUCAGGUCUCGGGAAUUAAUUUAAGGACAUAGAUUUUAGCUUUUUUUCUUGCAAUGAAUAAAAUAUGUACACAAAAGAGAAAGUUGAUAAUCUACAUAGGAUUACUUUGUAACAAGAAUACAUUUAGACAUAGAGAAACUUGAAACAAUGACUCGAACGACCUGUCAUUGGAGUGUAAAAGUAUUCUACACUACAAAAAAAAUGAUUGUUUAUGUUUCUUUUAUGUAAGUGUGAUUAUAUUCAGAGAACAAUCUUAAUCAAUACAAGUGAGGUUUUUUUCUACCUGAGCAACCUAAAGCAGUUAAAGUGUGCAAGUAUGGGUAACAGAAAAGAUACGGGAUGAUUCAAUCCAUAUUUUUUCUGUUACCCAUACUUUUUUAAUACAUGAAUCAUGAAUCAAUUAAAGCUGUUUGAGUUGUAUCAUUAAAGAAUUUCUAAAAAAUAAAAAUAGGUAAAAAUGAACUAUCUCAUAAAAUGGAUUAAAGCAGGGACAUAUAUACUGUCCCUGAUUAAAGUGAUAUGUGAGAAGCAUUCAAUAUUAGGAAGAAUGUUGAUGGGUAUUACAAAAAUGGCUACCGGUAUUCUCACAGCUGUAUUUUUUUCCUGUUAAAUUUUUUAGGUCACCUGAGACAAAGUCUCAAGUGACCUAUUGCGAUC